AUGAGUGUUGCAGUGAAAGAAAGUCGAUUUUCAUUUAAAACAAGGAAUAAACUGCUGCUCAUCUCCUUCGAUGGCUUCCGCUGGGAUUAUGACAGAGAUGUUGAAACCCCUAACCUGGAUAAGAUGGCCCAGGAUGGGGUGAAGGCACUGUAUGCCACUCCAGCCUUCCUCACCAUUACCAGCCCUUCUCACUUUACAAUGCUGACAGGACGCUACAUUGAAAACCACGGAGUAAUCCACAACAUGUGGUUCAACACGGCCACUCAGGAGAAGAAGCAAUACUACAUGACCCAGUUUGUUAGUUCCUACUGGGACAAUGGCAGCUUACCCAUCUGGAUAACAGCUCAGAGACAGGGCCUCAAAGCAGGCUCUCUGCAUUUCCCUGGCACAGCAGCCACCUACAGAGGAGAGAAUGUCACGGUGAAGCAAGUGGAACCUCAUUUCUAUGAUCAUUCCAAUGAGACAGAUUGGAGGCUAAACAUCAACAAGGUGAUUGGUGAGUGGUUCCACCAACAAGACCUGGACUUUGUCUCCUUGUACUUUGGAGAACCAGACCUGGUUGGGCACAAAUAUGGGCCGGAUUCCCCAGAACGCCAGGAAAUGGUUCGGCAAGUGGAUCGAACUGUAGGCUACAUCCGGAACAAGAUCCAAGACCAUGGCCUUACUGACCGGCUCAACAUUAUUAUUACUGCUGACCACGGGAUGACUACAGUUCUACGAGGAGGACUAGUGGAAGAGAUCAUCCUCUCUAAGAUCCCUGGCUUCAGCUUCACAGAUAUCCAGUUCCAACUGUUGGACUAUGGGCCGCUUGGAAUGCUGCUACCUAAAGAGGGGAUGCUGGAGAAGGUCUAUCAGGCUCUGAAAGGAAGUCACCCUCAUCUUCAUGUAUAUAAAAAAGAAGAAAUGCCAACAAGGCUGCACUAUAGUAAACAUCCAAGACUCCUGCCCAUCAUCCUCAUCACUGAUCCUGGAUACAUUGUCAAUGGGUUGUUACCUCUGAACUUCAACAACGGAGAGCAUGGCUAUGAUAAUGAAGUCAUGGACAUGAAAGCUUUCUUUAGGGCGGUGGGGCCUGACUUUCAGAGUAACCUGACGGUAGAUCCCUUUGAUCUUGUUGACUUGUACCCACUGAUGUGCCACCUACUGGGGAUAAAUCCAGAGAUCCAUGAUGGACACUUGGACAAGUCCAAAGACAUGUUGGUCCCCCAAACAACCAUAGGAGGAGACAAUAAUGAUCCAGGAAAGAAUAUUCACAUAGAGGUGCCGAUUGGUCUUUCAGCAGCGAUGGGAUUUCUGGUCCUUGUGUUCAUCAUUAUUACGGCUUACCACAUGCGCAAAAGGACCAAAGCAUAA